ACGUAGCACUGAGUCGGAUGAGUUGGUAAAGAGUUGUGUUCCACGUUGGUACAGUCGUCGAAGGUUCUCCCAGAAAGAGUGGUAUAUCCGACACUGAGUUCCGGCAAAAUGAGAGAAUUAAUUCUGCUAUUCUGCCUGGCUUUUGCUUCUAUCUACAAACCCAUACAAGGAUCCAGUGGAGCCAAUUGUCCAGUGAAAACAAGGAAUCGUGGAUGCUGUGUGUUCCCAUUCGUGUACAAGGGGGUAACGUAUAAUCAGUGUAUCAAGGGUCACUCGGUAUGGUGCUCACAGACCCCAAACUACGAUAAAGAUGGCAAAUGGGACUACUGUGUUGGUCUUGAGGGUAAGAUAACAGCAGACGACAAAGCCUGGGUGUACGGUAAUGGACAGUAUAUGGGCAACGAUAAUGACAGAUGGAACGUUAUUAAAAGUUACAUGUUUGGCACUGACAUCGAAGUGGUUGCAAUCCUCGUCAAGAACACAGGAGGCCCAUCAGGACUUAUGGCAACCUUCAGCAAUGGAAUCCGAACAGACUCUUCCUGGAAAUGUACCACCACUACUUACAAAAAUUGGCAUACCACAAACUUCGACGACAGUUCCUGGCCACAUGCAGUGGAACAUGCACUCAACGGUUACACGGUCAGGGACAUUCCCAGAGAUGUCAGGUGGAUUGGUGUGCGUGAUCCUAACGCUAAGCAGUUUUAUUGCAGGCGCAGGAUAUCAGUCAAACCUCAGCUGCCGCCAUCGAGCCCAGCUUGCAAUGAAGCGUUAGGUCUGGAAAGCGGAUGGAUAGAGAACUCAGCCGUCACUGCCUCGUCCAACUGGGACGCACAACACAUGGCUUGGAGGGCACGUCUGAACAUCGAGAAACAAGGCAGCUUCACUGGAGGCUGGAGUGCAAGGACUAAUAAUGUCAACCAAUGGAUACAGGUGGAUUUUGGUCGUUCUACUCGCGUAACAGCCGUGGCAACCCAGGGUCGUCAAGACUCAGAUCAGUGGGUGACCAGAUACACCUUGUCAUAUGGUAACAACCCAAAUGAUUUGUCAUCCUACAGGGUCAAUGGAUACACUAAGCAAUUUAAUGGCAACACGAACAGAAACACAGUCGUGAAGCAUACACUGUCACCAGCAGCUGAGGGUCGAUACAUACGACUUCACCCCAAAGCGUGGAAAGGCCAUAUAUCAAUGAGAAUGGAAUUCUAUGGAUGUUACAUGGCUUGCAAGGUCGAUAUUGGUAUUCUCAUGGACGAGUCUGGCAGCGUCAGCCCUGAGGACUGGGUUAGAGAAAAGAAUUUCGUCAAAGAUCUGUCYGAUCACUUCGAGUUCGGUCAAAAAGCCGCACAGAUCGGUGUCAUCUCGUUCAGCACCAGAGCAAAUAUGGAUAUCCAACUCAACAGCAACAACAAUGGAAACUCCUUCAAAAAGGCUGUAGAUAGGAUACGCCAAGCUCGUGGUUGGACGUACACAGCCACAGCCUUGAAUCUCGCAUACAACCAACUCUUCCAUUCAUCUAAAGGCGCAAGAUCUAAUGUUGCCAAGGUUUUAAUCGUAAUCACAGACGGCUUCACCACAAGUGGAAAGGAAAGUCUUAGAGCUCCAACAAAGCGUCUCAAAGAUUCUUCAGUGAACAUCAUCUCAAUAGGUGUAGGGAGUAAAAUCAACAAGGCUGAGCUGGAGCUAAUGGCGACUACCCCGAUCAACUCCCAUGUGUUUUAUGUCACUCAAAUGGAACAGCUCAAGGAUUUGAUUAGUUCUAUCACGACCUCGUCCUGUUCUUCGUUCACUUGCAGAUACGUGACAUGUGACUAUGGAACGUGGGGAGCCUGGUCCAAGUCAUGUGGUCAAGGCAUGACACGCAUUCGAAAGUUGAGCAAGACUAACUGGCACACGACAGAGAAACAGGGUGGAUGUGCUGGAAUGAAACAGACGUGUGAUGCACAGGUCACAGAAACCAAGAAUGACAACUGUCCAUGUCGUUACGUGUCAUGUUCGUGGAACCAAUGGGGUGCAUGGUCAGCCACAUGUGGUAAAAUGACAAGAAUUCGUACCAGUAAAGUCACGCAACACACCGUCACGCGACCAAACUGUGACGGUCUCCAAACUACUUGCCCUUCUCCUGAAUCAAAGAGCAUUUAUAUMUCAUGCUGUAAGGCUGAGGUGGGCAUCAUGUUGGACGAGUCAGGUAGUGUCAUUGACGAAGACUUUAAGCGAGAGAAGGACUUCGUCAACGCUAUGGCAAAUGGCUUCGGCAACUAUGGUCCAGAUGGUAUUCAAAUGGGUGUGAUAACGUUCAGUACAGGCGCUGCUGUCGAUAUCAAGUUGAACCAGUACAGGAAUAAACAAGACUUUGUUAACGCCGUUAACCGUAUUGUGCAAUUCCGAGGAUGGACCUACACCAAUAAGGCUCUUGAUCUUGCUCGUACCCAUCUCUUCAAGCCUGGCAACGGGGUACGAAAGGGCGUUACCAAGGUUCUCGUCAUUAUCACAGAUGGAGUCAGUACACCGGGAAUAGCCAGCCUUAAAGAGCCAGUCAGAUUGCUCAAAGAAAGUCACGUGAACAUUUUCACGAUAGGCAUUGGUCGGCGUAUUAACAAACGGGAGCUUGAUUUGAUGGCGUCUCUUCCUACAGAAUCCCACGUCUUCCAAGUAGCCAGCAUGUCUGAGCUUCCAAAGCUACUACAAAGAAUCAGUGACUCAUCUUGUCAAGCUUUUACCUGUAAAUACGUGACUUGCGACUACGCUCCUUGGUCAGCCUGGUCAGCGUCGUGUGGUAAGGGCAUGCGUCGUACACAAAGACUCGUCAAAGUUAACCAGCAUACAAAGCAACAACAGGGCGGUUGCUCAGGCCUGCAAACCACGUGCGAAGCAACUAAAACCGAGAGCAAGGAUAUGAAGUGUCAGUGUCGUUACGUCGAGUGUUCGUGGAAGCCGUGGGGUGAGUGGUCAGCUACGUGUGGGACGGCGACAAGAAGACGUGAGAGUCUGGUGACUGUUCACGUGACUGACAGGCUGUCUUGUAGCGGGCUGCAAACGACAUGCCCUGCCCCUGAAGUAGUGACAAGGACAACCAACUGUCCAUGUAAAGGAAUCUCAUGCACGUGGAACGUGUGGAGCAUGUGGUCAGCUACGUGUGGUCGCGCGCAACGACGACGAACAAUCAAAUCCACGCCCAUCAUCCAGAACCUGCCUGACUGCUCUAAAGUCCCACAGACAUGCAGCCAGAGACCAGAGAUAGAAACAAGGACUACAAACUGUGUGUGUGCGUACGUGGAGUGUGUAUGGAAUCCUUACUCUGCGUGGUCUGCAACUUGCGGAGUCGUGACAAGAACAAGGACCAUCAAGACUAUCAGGAAGACCAUCAAUAAACCCGACUGCAGUGGCUUAAAACAGGAAUGCACUGAGAAGCCUCAGACUGAAAGACGAGAAGUCAAAUGCACCUGUAAGUUUGUCAAGUGUACACAGAACCCGUGGACUGACUGGUCUGCUACGUGUGGAAAAGCAACGAGACAGAGAACAUGGAAGACAACACAAGUAACAGAAAAUAGACUGACCUGUGACAACCUGCCACAAUCCUGCCCUGCACCAGAGGUGGAGAAUCGUGAGACCAAAUGCACCUGUAAGUUUGUCAAGUGUACGAAGAACCCGUGGACAGACUGGUCUGCUACUUGUGGGAAAGCAACGAGACAGAGAACAUGGAAGACUACCCAAGUGACUGAGGACAGACUUAACUGCGACAAUCUACCACAAUCCUGUCCAACCAAACCAGAGGUGGAGAGUCGCGAGACCAUGUGUUCGUGCAAGACCGUCGACUGUGUGCCAGGGGCAUGGGGUGAUUGGUCAAAUGACUGCGGUGAUGUUACAAGGCGUAGGAACAUCACCGAAACGGCUAAAGUUGUGCAGCAGUUGAGCUGUCAUGGGUUACCACAGAAGUGUGCAAAUACAUUCGAGGAAGAAAAUAAGACACUCCCAGAUGCAUGUCAGGAAUGUUUCACCGUCCUGUGCUACUAUAGUGCCUGGCAGCCAUGGUCUGCAACUUGUGGACCAGCAACCAGAAGAAGAUACCAGAUAAUAGAUGAAAUUGAAGUGCUUAGGAAGUCCUGCGAGAAACUUCCAUUGGAGUGUACUGGGGACCAGCAACAGACGCAGACAAGGGACACGCCUCCUUGUCCUACUACACCAACACCGAAACCCUGAACAUCAGGUGAAAACUAUCCAGUACAGACUACAUGGGCAUACACUGCCAUGGCUUAGUACAUAGAAUAAACAAUAGAUAUAAACAAGAUAGAGGGGUACAGGUGGUGCUGGUACGCAAGGGGGGCGGGGUACGCAAG